AUGGCUCCAGGCGACUCACAGACGCUGCAUCCUAAGUCGAAGUCUGCGGUGCCGUCGUACCUUCUGAACGGGACUUCUUCGGUGCGCAUGCCGAGCAGCAGUCGGGAGCGAGAGAGCCUGAACCACUCGAUCAAGUCGUCGUUUGAACGGAAACACGCCCUGGGGCCGGAGGAGCUCAGAGACGCGGCUACUAUAGGGGAUGCUACGUCGAAUACAAACGCUCCGGCUUCCGGCACUGACGAGAACCAGGUCAAUGGCGAGGAGACGAAGCCCAACGGACUGAAGAUGGUGACCGAUGUGGCCUCGCAGCCGCAGCAGCAGAAACGCAGCGUGAGCAACCAUUCUAGAGACCAGAUAUCGCCUCCGUCGACUGCUGUCAGUCGCCCUGCCAGUCCAUAUACGUUGAAUCCACCGAUAGACUUUGACGGACUCAGCUGGCCUAAUCCGGAGCGGGAAGGACUGCUCGAGACGCCAGAGCGAUAUGCCAAAGCUCUGAUGUUUUUCACCAAGGGGUACGAAGAAAAUGUACGAGAUCUGGUCAAUGGUGCAGUAUUCCAUGAGGAUCACGAUGAGCUUGUGAUUGUCAAGGACAUCGAGGUGUUUUCCUUGUGCGAGCACCAUAUGGUCCCUUUCUCUGGAAAGAUGCACAUUGGCUACAUUCCAGACCGCCGAGUUCUCGGUCUUUCGAAACUGGCUCGUCUUGCAGAAAUGUUCUCUCGUCGGCUUCAGGUUCAAGAACGACUAACAAAGCAAGUCGCUCUCGCCAUUGUUGAGGUUCUCAAGCCCCAGGGCGUUGCCGUAGUCAUGGAGUCAAGCCAUCUCUGCAUGGUCAUGCGUGGUGUCCAAAAGACGGGCAGUACUACCACUACCAGCUGCAUGCUUGGUUGCAUGAGGUCAAGCGCAAAGACCAAGGAAGAGUUCCUCAGCCUGUUGAACAGGAGAUAA